AUGUCCUUCUCGAGUACACCGCUCGGUCAAGGCAGACGUCUCGAUCACCACACUUUCCUCAACAACAAGGCCCCGAACCCUGCCGCCCACGCGCGCGCACCCAACGAGCCCCCGCGAGCGGACCGCAUCCCCGCCUCUUACGCUUACGGGUGCGUCACACCCCCUUUUCGUCCUCGGCGCGUCGCACCCACGCUCACCACACGUUCUCCGCCAAAUCACCCCGCCCGUGAUCCACGCGAGGAAAACGCAGAGGACGGCCAGGACGACCCCGCGCUCGUCCGCUUCGCUCGCCUUAAACAGCGCGAACAGGCCCUCAGGGCUACCGAUUCCGCACCUCGAACCAUUCCCGACCCCCCCAACCCCACCAGGUGGGCCGUCAAGGACACCUCUGUACAGAUCGCGAGCGCCUUCAACCAGGCCGCCGCGACCUCCACCUCCCAAGAAAUGAACCCCAACGACUCGUGGGCCUCCAGCUCACGCACCUACGUCCCCCGCAGCACCUCCGUCGAGUACGAAAAGGAGACUCAGACGACCGCAACGCGCAGACUGGCGCCCCCUCCCAAUCGAUUCGCGCCCCCCGCCCGCUCAACCGGCGCUGCGCGCCGCGGCGUCGUCCGCAAUCACUCCUCGCAGUACGUCCCGGACUCGGAGGAGGAAAACGCCCAGCAGGCGAACGGGGACGCCGCCGGCAAGACCGCCUUUGACGCCGUCGUCGACUUUGCAAAACGGACCGCGUUCUAUCUGCGCCAGCCCUCGCAGGAGCCCGAGGGCCCAGAACCCCCCGCCGCAAACGGACACGCGAAUGGCCAUUCGAACGGCGCCAUCGACCCGUCGUACGAUUAUUCCGCCGAGGAACGCGAGUUCCAGGCACAGCAGAGUCAGAACCAAAACGGUGCAUCGCGCAAGCCGAACGCUACCCAUCGCCGGAACCGCAUGUCCAUCGACAACAAGGCGUAUCGCCCUCCCCAGUCCGAUGUGGACGAGUCGGACGAGUACCUGUCGGAGGAUGGAAAGAAGGGACGGAAGAAGAAGUCGAAAAAGAAAGAUACCGCUGGAGGCCCGCUCACCACGCUGCCAGUCACCCAGUAUGAUAAGAGGCGGAAGCGGAGAAAGUCUGGAAAAGGCAAUGGCGCUGGGGCCGAGGAGGGAGAGGGAGAAGGAGAGGGAGACGAAGGAGAAGAAAGCGAGGGCGAUGAACAGUUACAAGAACGAGCAUCUGUCUCCCGCGUGUCGCUACCGCCUCCAUCGCGCGCUUCGAUCGUUCGCGGAUCCGUGCCUCCUGCCCCACCGUCACACUACGAUCAGCCCGUCAACGAUGCCUCCUUAGAGUCAGCGGAACAGGGUCUCGACUCGAUAGAGGAAGUAGAAGAGCGCCAUGACUAUCAGAAGAGCUCGGACGAGUACGAAUACGAGUACGAGCCCGCUCCCUCCCGCGCUGCCAUGUCCAUUGGCGGUGCCCUGGGCAGACUCGUCCACUUUGGCUUCCGAUCCGUUGGAUCCAUCGUUGCGUUCUUCCUCCGAGCUCUGGCAAUGGUCACGGGUCUCGCUGGACGAGCUUUGGGGAUCACCUUCAAUAUCCUGUUCAACCAGCCGGCGCGAUGGCUUUCUAGAGGACACCUGGGCCCGUGGUUGAAAUACGCACUCGUGGCCUUUGUGCUAUACGCGACAUGGAUAUCGCUCCGCGGCGUCGACUUUUCCAACUUUAUUCCAUCCCUGCCUUCCCUGUCCUCGUCUCAGCCCUAUAAGGCUCCCGACACCCCGCCCGUCGAUAUUUCUGCUCUGUCUGGCCGACUCAUGGAGCUGGAGAAGCAGCUGCACGAUAUUUCUGUGCGCGCGGCCCAGACGCAGCAUGGCGAUUUCGAAGCUCGAUCGCAGCUCUCGUCGCAGAUCCGCAGACUGGAGUCGGAAGUCAAGACGGACCGCUCGCGCGUCUCCGAGAUGGAAGUGAAGCAUCGAGAGACGGCGAGCCGGGACAUCAAGGCCGUCCACGUCGAGAUGCAGCAGCUGAGGCAUCAGCUGAAGGAGUCGCAGAACAGCCAGUCGGGGCGGGCUGCCAACGACGAGGAGGCGCGGGCGAAGCUGCUCGCCCUCGAGGAGCGGGUGGGGAGCGUCGAGGGUGGCGUGCGGGAGGCGCUCGAGCUCGGGAAGACGACGGCGAAGGUCGGCGGGGUCGCGGCUGGCAGUGGCGCGGCGUGGUGGAACAAGCUGGCCAACGCGGUGACGAUCAAGUCGGCGGACGGGCAGGACGUGACGGCCCUCAUCGGCCACCUCGUCGAAUCGGCCGUCGCGCGCUACUCACGUGACACGAUCGCGAAGCCCGACUUUGCGCUCAACUCGGGCGGGGCAGGGGUCAUCCCAUCGCUCACGUCGCCGACGCUUGAGGUGCGGCCGCACGGCCUGCGGAGCUCGCUGCUGGGGAUGGUCACUGGCAGCGGGUACAGCACCGGGCGGCCCCCGAUCACAGCACUGCACCAUGAGACCCGGAAUGGGCACUGCUGGCCGUUCAUGGGCUCGCAGGGGCAGCUGGGGGUGCAGCUUGCGCAUCCGGCGCGGAUCGAGGAAGUGACGAUCGACCAUGUCGCAAAGGACGUCGCAUGGGACAUGCGCUCUGCGCCGCGGGAGAUGGAGCUCUGGGGCCUCGUCGAGGGCGCGGAGAACCUCGAGAAGAUCCGGGUGUGGCGGGAGGAUCGGCAGCGGCGCAAGGAGGCUGCGCGGCGGGAGGCGGAGGAGAACGGGCUGGUGAUCGUGUCGGAGGAAGCGGAGGCGUACCCGGCGACACUGCCGCGGGACGCGCCGUACGUGAAGGUGGCGGAGUUCGCGUACGACAUCGAGGCGGAGGCGAACGUGCAGACGUUCGCCGCGCUGGAGGACGUGCGCGCGCUCGGGGUCGACUUUGGGGUCGUCGUGCUCGUCGUGAAGAGCAACUGGGGCCGUGAGUUCACGUGCCUGUACCGGCUGCGUGUGCAUGGGCAGCGCAUCGAGCAGGCGCCGGUGCCCGCCGCUAAAGCGUCGAGUCUCUCGUCUCGUGGCCCUCUCUGGCUACCGUUCGUGUCGUUAAUCUAUUUCUGCUCUCUAUUCUAA